AUGGUUUCUAUUAUAAACAGUGCCGAGAUUCGUGUAAGUUCUGUUUUGAAUAGAAACGUCAAACAGUUCGGUAAAGCUCACAUGUUAGAUGGACAGGAAGAUACCUGCUGGAAUUCCGAUCAAGGUUCUCCUCAAUGGAUAUAUCUGAAGUUUUCUAAAUGUGUCGUCGUCCGUGAAAUUCAUUUACAAUUCCAAGGCGGUUUCGUCGGGAAAGAUUGUUAUAUAGAAACUGGAGAAAGUACUAAAUAUUCAUUUUAUCCUGAAGAUAAUAAUAGACUUCAAGUAUUUAAAUUUAAUGGAGUCAAUUUAACAGACACGUUGAAGAUAAUGUUUGAGUCCAGUACAGAUUUUUUUGGUCGUAUCACAGUUUAUAAAUUAGAUGUGAUUAGUGAUGAUGAUAAUGAAUAA